AGGUUUUGGGGGCAUUUCGUGCUGACUGACUCCAGUAUACUCUCUCUGGGUGGAAAGUUCACUCGCUGCUCCGAUUGGCGAGAAUGCCCUUCCAGAUAAAACAAUCCGCGUUUGCAUCCUUGCAUUUUGCGCUUCCACUCGACUGGAGGACUUGAAGGUCAUUAGUGGUCAGUUCCGUCGGGAUAUGGCGCACACCCUGCUCAGAGCGCGCAGAUGGGGGGAGCGUUCGCCGGGAGUUCAAGGGCCCACCCUCAUUGGGUUGGAAACUGUAACUGUUUUCAGAUCGGGGCUCCCGAAGGGGAGCAGAAAAUCGGAAGGAGUGCUAUAUGAUUUCGAAGCUUUGUUUCCGAACAUGUCUGAUUUCACUCUCUUGGAGAAGCUCUAGGCAUUGCAGGUUCUGUUGAGGAGGAUGCAGCCAACAAAUAGCUCAAGCAACGGUGCCGCCCGUACCCCAGGGUACAGCACCGCCAUUACCGUCGCUCCGGAACUCAUUUCUCCGCGGGAAGAGGAAGAAGAGAUCAGCCCCCUAGCCCUCACUCGCUUAAUUUUCAACUACAAGGAGAUGCCCGAGAGGCAGGUUUCUAGGCUUCGGGAGGCAGUUAGGGAAAGGGUGAUGCUUCGAAAGGAAAACACGAUGCUUAGGGAGGCAGCCAUAGAAACGGGGAAGGUGAACUUGAUGCUUCGGGAGGAGAACGCAAUGCUUCGGGAGGCAGCCAUAGAAACGGGGAAGGUGAACUUGAUGCUUCGGGAGGAGAACGCAAUGCUUCGGGAGGCAGCCAUAGAAACGGGGAAGGUGAACUUGAUGCUUCGGGAGGAGAACGCAAUGCUUCGGGAGGCAGCCAUAGAAACGGGGAAGGUGAACUUGAUGCUUCGGGAGGAGAACGCAAUGCUUCGGGAGGCAGCCAUGGAGGCUGCUGCUGUGCAGGAAGAGAAUGUGAUCCUUCGAGAGGCAAACGCGUAUCUCACCCGAAGGCUCAUCAUGUUCAACAGCUUGUUGUGGAGUCAUGGAUACCUCUUGUAUCCUGCCCUCUCUGAUGAAUUUAUCGCCGCAUUCCAGCGGCUAAAUAUCCACGAUGACACCCUAGAAGGAGAGGGCUUCUGCGUGGAACCUCCCGUCGUCGAUAUUAUGGCUGCAUUCCAGCGGCUCAACCUCAACAAUGACACCCUGGGUGGAGGGCUUCCUGUCGGUGAGCUCCGAGGAACCUCCCGCCAUCGCUGCGAGGAACCUCCCGCCCAUCGAUAAUACAGCGGGAGAGAGCUUCUCCAUUUUUGU